ACCUGUCUUGUGGGUCAGAACUCCAGGUUCAUACACUUUAUUUUGAGUUCCCUGGAGAGAGGUUUAGGAUGCACCUGGAGCUGGUUAACUCCACCUGAAUUCUCAACUGUAGUGACCUCCCCUUGUCAAUCUGCUGAUUCUCAACUUGGGAGAACAAGGACGGUUUGCUUUUGAAGCAAAGUUGGGGUGGAGGGUGGGUUAGAGAAGACAUAAUGGAGAAGACAGCAACUUGUUCCAUCUGCUUUGAAGGUUUUCUUAACAGAAAGGCAGUUGCUUUCUGGAGAUGAGAAAGUGAGAGCCAGCUGAAUUCUCAAUCAUAAUCCUCUGUCAGCCAUUGAGGAUUCAUCUCUUUUUCAAUUACCAGCAUUAAAAUAUUUAGACUUGGGACAAACACACGUCCCACUUACAGCACUUGAGAAUAUAAUCACAAUGGCUCUAGGACUGAAAACACUGAUCUUACCGAGCAAUAUGGUCUGCUGCCUCUGCCAGUUUAAAAAUGACAUCGAGGUUGUCUGCAAGACAAUUAAGCUGCAUUGUGACAGCACAUGUGUGGUUAAUGCCACUCGGUGUGUGGGAAAAGCCCCCAUAGGCAAUGUCCAAGAAGCCUUCAUUAAGGUGUUACAAGCCCGGAAGAAGAGCACCAGCACUGAGCUGACCAUCAAGACAGAUACGGCAUCUGCAGAAAUAAGUGGUUUGGAAUUAUUAAGCCUUGUGAAAGAGCAGGCAGACACUAAUGAUCAUCCUACAACACCAAGUUUCACACAGCCAUACUUUCUAGAGGGAAAUCUAGAAGGCAUAGAAAAAACAAUAUUACCAUUCAUUCAGCUCCUUUUGUCAAAUAUACAAAAUGGAAAUUAUUCCUUGGCUUAUUUGGAAAACAAUAUGAGAAACUCCUCUUCUCAACGUGCAUUUGACAAUUCGACCCUCAAUGAUAAACUACAGAGGCUAUAUUUGUUGCAAAAUUUGUUAAAUGCAAAAAUUCAGGAAAUAUUAGAUGACACAAAAAAGAAAGAGAAAACAGCCACGCUUAUGCCAUCUAGGAAUUUAGAUCCCCAAUUUAGACUCCAAAUCUUUGCAAACAAACUGAAAAGUCCUGAAACACAGGAAAACAGCCUGGCAGAGGUGGAGGGUGAAAGGAAAAUGCUUCCAAGCUUGAAGGCCCCUCUCAAGGAGCUGAAGCAUCCACAACAAAGUGUUUUCAAGGAAGAAAUGAAACAGAAAGCCGGGCUUAAGUGGGCUACCCAGCCAUUCUUAGAAGAUGUCACCAAAGAGGGAAGCCUAAAGAGAUUCAUCCCACAGGAGAUGGGGCAGCAUCAGAGGAUGCCAAGACCCAGGAAGUUCACGGAAAACUCUUUCCGCAUAGAGCCCUCCUUCAAGGACGAACAGAAAGUAACAGCUUCUUCUUUCCUAAAACGUCACUCCAUGGACAGAUCUCCUUCCAUCCCUGCCAAAGCCCUGCCCAAGGUGAGAAAGAGAGCAAAUGAUUUCAACUACAUUUUGGACUUACAAAAUGCAAAUGCUAGAGUUAAAACCACAGAGGGUACAAAACCAGUCUUACAUCCUGGAAACCCUCACCACUUUCACAAAAAUUCUCUCGUGGCCCGGGGAACACCCAAGGCCAAGCUGAGUGACAAGUUGAGGAAGAAAAACACACACAGUAGACUACCGCUUGUAAAGAGGCCUCAAUUCUCAGCAGUGAGGACUCUCACCAGUUUCCCAUCAGGACAGUUCUUCUCAUCUUCAGGAGAGCCCAGUUUUCAGGAGACUCCUGUUUCAGAAUUAUAUGCUCCUUCAGAACUUUCUGUAGAAAGCACCCCUGUAGCAAACCAUACUGCAGCAGAUACUUCCAAAGGAGCAGAUUUUGCAUUAAGCAUUCGUGUGCCAGAAGAAACUAUCUCCAAAGACACAACUCACAGGAGAGCUGCAUACUCUGCCGUGACUGCAUUCAACCGAAUACCAGCUGUGAACCACACAACAAAGGCACAGUGGGAACACCCCAACAUGGGCACUGACUCACCGCUCAAAGACUUCACCUCCCUGUCGCUGUCAUCCUCAGGUGAUCAGCUUGAGAUUUACAUAAAUCAGCAACUCCGGCCCCUCAUCCCCAACAAUGACAUCAGAAGGCUGAUUUCUCCUGUUAUCAGGAGUUUAAAGAUGGACUGCUCUGAGACCCAAGUGCAGUUGGCCUGUGCCAAGCUCAUCUCCAAGACAGGCCUCCUGUUGAAGCUGCUCAGUGAGCAGCAAAAAGCCAAAGUGUUUAAGGCCCAGCGGGAUGUGGAGCACUGGAAAAAUGAGAAUUACAUCAUUGAGAGCACAGAAGACCAGAAUGAAGAGAAGGAGCGGCAGUCAAGGGAGCUCACAGUAGAAGUUCCAGGAUUCGGCUAUAAGAACAAACUGAUCUUGACAGUAUCUGUGACGGGAGCAGGGAUCAUUUUGUUGAUAAUUUUCUGUCUCAUUGAGAUUUAUUCCCAAAAACGGGCUUCAGAGGAAAAUGAAGAAGAGUCCUCAAGGGGCCUUUCCCAACGUUGGCAUGGGAGAUGCAAAAUGGAACAGGAAAAGGAGGUAAAUUUGAGAAACUCAGCGCUGUGGUGGUGGUGCAGGGGAGGCAGAGCUCCUAAGUCCCCUUCUGUUUUCCAGAAGGCCGUGAGUGGGGCUGUUUGCCCACUGUGGCUUAAGGAUAUGUACAGACCUAUCAGUGCCUCACACAUGAAACAAGUGUCGGCCAAGCUGCAUGGGAAGGAUUCCUCUGAUGAGGGUGAGAUUUUCACAAAGCACGCAGGGGAGCUCCACGGAGUCACCACAGAGGCAGCGCCCACAGUGUCAGCCAUCAAGGAUGAGGAAAGUGGGCUCAAGAAGGCGCCCUUGGAGUGACCCUGAAUUGCCUCCAGUGACUGGCAAAUCUUUUUUUCACAUUGUUUCGCAUUGUUACAUUAAAAUCUAUAAUAUUCAAAGCACUUCUAGCCAUGCAGUAAGAAAAUAAGUCCUGAUAGUCAAAUUGAUGUGUGCAUGUAACACACGGCAUAGUGGGACUGCUGCUCGGAUCCUUUGUUGUGGUCCUGCUUCUGGGGGAGCCAGGAUGGCCUUCUUGUCCUUGGCAGCCAGGAUAACCAGUUUCUGUAGCCAAACGCGCUUGUGGGUUUGGCAUUUAUAGACUCCUAACACUUAGCCCAAUAAUCCAUGGAAGCAUACUUUUUGUCUUAUUUGUCUUAUCAUCAUUGCACAGGAAAUGGAGCUCAAAGAAUAUAAGUAAUCUGGCC